AUGUGGUUCGGGAGGACAAACGGACACGGCACCCCCGUGUACGCAGUCAUGUGCUCCAGAAAAAGAGAAUUUUUCAUCACUGAUGAAAGUGUUAUGCAGAUUUUGGAGGCUUGCAGUAGUGAUGACGAAGAUAAUCUGUUACUGGAUGAAGAAGAUAAAAUUUUUCUUGAAGGAGAUAUGGAAGAUGAAAGAGAACAUGUUAUUAUAGAAGAUCCUGAAAAAGAAAUACGUAGCUCACCUAGCAAAAGAAGGCAUACAGACGAAAUAUCAGAACCAAAUGCUGAGGUCGUCUGCUGCCCGGAGGCGGAGGCGGGGGUGGAGGCGCAGGAGGACGCAGGGGACUCCAACGACAUCCCCAGCGGCGACGCCUGGGCCUUCCCUGCGGCAGAGCGGCGGCCCAGCGAGGCAGCCUGCAGUUCUUACAAAGCCAUGCGGAAUGGUCUGGAAGAUUACAUUCUUCGUGGGAAACUGGCUGGGCCGCAUGAAUUUCCACACAUGGCGGCGCUGGGCUUCAACGUGCCCAACACGGAGGGCCUCAGCUGGCUGUGCGGAGGGACCCUCAUCAGCGACCAGUUCGUCCUCACCGCGGCCCACUGCUGCGCCAACAGGGUCACGGGAAGGCCAGUCACGGUGCGCCUGGGAGUGAACAACCUCACGGCGACAGCAGACGGCGCAGACUACGGGAUCUCGGAGAUCGUGCUGCACCCCAGCUACAGGAAGCGCCGGUCUUACAACGACAUAGCGCUGCUGAGGCUGGACAGGAGGGUGGAGUUCAGCGACGCCGUCUUCCCCGCCUGCCUCAACACGCAGGACGGAGACCCGCCCAGCUUCACUGCCGCCGGCUGGGGCGCCACGAACGCUGCCGGAACGCGACUGAGCUCUGUGCUUCUGAAGACCACCAUCUACCCACGUCCGUUAUCACAAUGCCAAAAUGCCUACAAGGAGAGAUUUCCACAAGGAAUGGACUCGUCAGUGAUCUGUGCCGGAGACCCCCAAGGGAAGACUGACACCUGUGUUGGCGACUCCGGCGCCCCUCUGGUGACUGGCCGCUCCGCCCCCUACACGGCGGUGGGCGUCACCAGCGUCGGCCCCCGGCCCUGCGGCGGCGCCCUGCCCGGCGUCUACACGCGCGUCUCCACACACCUCGGCUGGCUGGAGGGACGCGUCUGGCCCUAG